AUGGACCCAUCAGUUGCUGCUAUUAAACGUCUCACAAAAGAACUUAAAGCUAAUGCAAAAGAUCCAAACCCAGCAUUAGAAUUCUUACAACCAGUGUCUGACAAUAAUCUACUCCUUUGGAAAGGAAGACUAAAGGGUGUUCCAAAUACACCAUAUCAAGACGGUCUAUGGGAUAUCUCAAUUAAAAUUCCUCCAUCUUAUCCUCUGCAUCCACCAGAAAUUAAAUUCAUCACUCCUAUAUGUCACCCUAAUAUUCAUGCAACUUCUGGUGAAGUUUGUCUUGAUGUUCUCAAAGCCCAAUGGACUCCAGCUUGGUCUGUUUCUUCAGCAUGUACCGCCAUACAAGCAAUGCUUUCUGAUCCAGAACCUGAUUCACCAUUAAACAUUGAUGCUGCAAAUUUAGCUCGUAACCGUCAAAUUGAUCCUCUUGCAUACGAUGGUCUUGUAAGAUACUACACUCGUCAUUAUGCUUGUAGCAAAAAUUAA